AAUGUUCGCCAAUUUUAUGUUGCACGUGCAUCCUAAAGUUUCUGUUUGCAGUAUAUAAAGUUUGAAUUGGAAUUCAUUCUGUUAAAUUAAAUACACAUAUCAGAUAAAUUGAAAUAUUUCAAUAUGAAACCAACGCUUGUGGCCGAUGAAAUGUUUCCCGAAGGAGCUGGACCUUACGUUGAAUUAGAUGAGGUUGGUGGUAGUAGAUUAUUAGUGGAUCUUACAGCAAGUGAAAAAGCUGUUCAUGCAGAUUUUUUCAAUGAUUUUGAUGACUUGUUUGACGAUGAUGACUUGGAUUGAAGCGUUCCUAUAGAAAUAAACUACGCAUUGCUUUUGCAGACUGCAAUUAACUUAGCAUUAAAGCGGAAAAUUUCUGGUUCUCAUAAAUUCAUGUGAAAUAUUGUAUAAUCAAUCAUGUUAUCAGUUGCAUUCAGCAGAAGUAUUGUAUUAGGUUAACUAAUGCUUUAAUAAAUAAAAACUUUUACUAUAAAAAGUUUCUACUAUAAAAGCUUUUUUUAUCAAUCUAGUUGUACUUUAUAAUUUCUUGAUUUUUUACUCUUUUGAGCAAUAUCUUCAACCGAAUUAACGCUAGCUUUAUAUAACCACUAUAAAUGGCAUUAAAAUAUUUGCAAAAUAU